GCCAGCCAAUGAAACCUGGAAGCGGAAGCCGUCGGAGGGCUGCCAAGAUGGCUGCGUCCAUGUCGCUGCUCUCCGGCUGCAGGCGGCUGGUGUCUGGGUUCUUGUGGGGAGGCUGGGCUCGCGCCCCGUCUCGCGGAUUGCGGCAGGUUGUAGAAACUACUGAAGGAAACACCACUAUUAUUGAAGGUAAAGUUCUGGAAGUUGAGGAAGCCCCAACUCCUCCAAAUCCUUCUGGCCAAUGUCCUAUCUGUCGCUGGAACCUAAAGCACAAAUAUUCUUACGAGGAUGUUUUAUUGCUCAGUCAAUUCAUAACCUCUGAGGGAAGAAUGCUGCCCAGGAGAGUCACAGGCCUCUGUACGGAAGAGCAUAGAAAGGUUGAAGUGUGCGUGAAAAUGGCUCAUCGAGCAGGUUUGCUGCCAAAUCAUAAACCUAAACUUCCCGAAGGGUUUGUUCCAAAAAACAAGAGACCAAAGCUCAACAGGUACCUUACCCGAUACUCUAUCAAAUCUGUGAAGCCCAUUUGGAACAAGGGACACAAGUGGUGCAAGGUUCCCAUGCCUAUAUCGCACCCUAUACUCCGUGAUAAUGUUAAUUAUGGGUCAAAACCUCUUCGUUUUAACCACUAGGAUGGUGUAGAGCUAGUGUUGACAGUAAAUUACAACAGUUGUGGCUCAGUAUUUGUCAAUCCAUUACAGGUAUUUUUUAUGUCUGGUGCUCUGGAAAGAGCCAAAUGAACAUUUUCCCUCUGGAAACAUACAGGAAUUUUCAGAAAAGAGGCAACUUAAUGGCUAAGUAGAAUUGUCAUUUAACUGAAAGAUAAUGCAGUAGAUGUUGCUUAAGGAUAACAAAACAUUAUCUUCCUUUAUUUAAAUCCCAAUUAAACUCUUGAGUCGACUCCUA